AUGGAGUCGCACAAUUUGUCACGGACUAUAGACAAAGUAAGUGACUUGAUUAAGGACGAAAGUUCGCUGUCCAACCUUGAGCAGCUGAUAGCUGACAUAACCAAGGAGAAGUAUUCAAUUGAUUCCCAAUUGAAUAUUGAACAGGAUCGACAUUUAACGAGAAUUCAAGAUAUGAUUACAGAGAUCCAUAAUGCAAGCAAAAAUUUACAGGAUUUAAAGUACAGUGUUGGAAAAUUAGAAGACCUACGUCGUGAAAAUGUAUCAAAUAACUCCAAUCAUAACUUUGAAAUCUUCGAUUUGGCAGCUUUGGUUUUGAAGAACAUCAAAGGUGUUGAAGAAGUCUACUCUAACAUUUCCACAUUUGAUGAAAAGGAGAAAGUGAUCAAUCAGUUAUUGGAUGAAGAAUAUGCCAAAGAUGAAAAACAGGAAUUGCAGUUUUCAACAGGUGACAAUCUUUUGGUUGCACAUUAUGAGCUGAACAGAUUGAGGGAUUUACAAGACCAAAUGUGGGUUAUGGAGAAGAACUCCAAAUCACCGGAAACCAAGAAGCUAGUUCAUCAACUAUCUAACAAACUAAAUGUGUGUAUUAGUAGAUUUGAUGGAUUAUUAACCAUCAUUAUUGAUUCAAUCUUAGAUUUUGUAGAAUCUGAGAAUUUCGGAUUCUUAAUCAAAGUGGUCAAAAUCAUACAGUAUGAGGAAAGAGAAGACCUGAAAGUCAGACUUUGGGACAGUUUGCUUGAAAAGAGAGAUACCGAAUCAAUCGAAAAAUCAGUCACGAAUGUUAGACGAUUGAAGGAAAGAGGAUACAAAAAUAGAUUUGAAAAUAUAAUGAAACAGACUAUUGAGGAUCGGUUUUCUGAGUUUUUGGAAUCCAAAGAUAUUAGUAUUUUCCUUGGAGAAGAAGGCACGUUCUAUUAUCAAACUCUUUCUGACUAUAAAGUUGCAAUUGAUCGGUGUUUCCCUAAAGAAUGGAAGUUUUUUCCCAAAGUGUUGGAGUGGCACCAAGAAUCUAUUAAAAGUGUUAUCAAUAAGAUUUUAGAAGAUAAUCUUUCAAAUUCCCAACUAUCCGAAAUCAUUGAAUUGGAUUACGAGAACAAGCAAUCAUUGAAGAAGCUCUUUAAAAUCCCAAAUAAAGAUUGGAAGAAGUUUCGAUUACUGGCCGAAGAUAAAAAGAAACAUCUCUUGGAUAAUUCAUUACAGGACAAUAUCAAAUCGACCACCAAAUGGAUAGAAACCGCACUCACAAAAGCUGUCAGCAAAUUUGAGUCAUUGGACGAAGAACCUCCUGAUCGUAGAGAUGGCCGGCUAUCAUUCCAGGUGGCCCAAGAAGUCAUGCUAAUUUUAUCUUCCAACACAAAGAGUAUCAGAACUUUGGGUGAUGCGUCGGUUUUGGUCCAGUACUAUGGAUUUUUUGCUAAUGAGAUAAUGAGAACCUACCAAGAGUGUUGGGUUAGGUCUUUAGACAAAAUGACCGAAUUAUGGAAUCUUUCAAGAUCAUCUCAGAAUAGCAAAAAUAGUCAAAGUAAGAAUAAGAAGGUACAAGAAGAACAAAACGCCAUAAUUAACGAGAAUAUUGGUUACUUGCCAAGGUAUAUAACCAACUUGGCCAAUGACUGUCUAAUUUUAACAGAUGCAUUAGAAAGAGAUUUUGAUUUGAUAACAGAAGGAUUGAACGAGAUCCAUACACAAAAGUUGAUUGACAUGAAACAAACUGCAACCAAUCACUCAAUUGAAUUAGGUACAUAUUGUCUACAAAAGCUAUCACUAUUGGCAGCACAAGACUUUGGACCAAUUAUGGUUGAUAUUUUCAAUAAACCAUGGUACAACUCACCUACACUUAUCGACAGCGUAUUGAAUAUAAUUGACGAAGAAUACAUAAUGCCAUUUAUUGAUUAUUCGUAUCCCGAAUUACUAAUGUCACUGUUUGAUUUCAUCACAGAUGAAUUUUUGUUGAAAUAUUUGAGUGCUUUGAAUUAUAAACGAAAAUUUGAAAAAAAUAUAGUGUCUACAUUAGAGAGAGACGGAUAUAAAAUCAUGGAAGUUUUGGGUAAACACGACGAUGACGGAUCACUUGAAAGGAAGAUGAUUGUGUUUGAUUUGCUGAUUGAAUUAUGUUCAGCAGACAAUAACAAUGAACAAGACAUCAUUGAAAAAUGGACAUUUGGACUAAGUGAGAUCUACGACUUGCCUAUUGAUCUGUUAAGGGUAAUAUUAGAAUGUAAAAAGGUCGAUAAGUCGAAUAUUACCUUUAUAUUAGGAGAGUGUGGUGAGUUGUGUAAACAGUCACUGCUGGAAAAUUCGGACCAGCCUGCAAGCAUAUUCCGUAAGUUCCAUUACGCAUCUAUUGGUAAAUAA